AUGGCACCAACCGCUGUUGAUAUCCAGAAGGAAUACAGAGAAAACGUCUCGACCGAGCACCAGGCUCCUUUCAACAAAAACGAAAGAAAGUCCUCCAUCUCGUCCAAGCUUGGUCUGAACCCAGACGCAAAGAUCCACUACAACUCGGCCGUCCCUAUCUUGUAUGAGGACGGUUUGAAGGAAAAGGGCACUACGAUCUCCUCGUCGGGAGCCUUGAUCGCUUUCUCCGGAACAAAGACCGGUAGAUCGCCAAAGGACAAGAGAAUUGUUGACGAAGAAACCUCCUCCGAACACAUCUGGUGGGGGCCUGUCAACAAGAAGGUGGACGAAAACACAUGGAACAUCUCCAAGUCUAGAGCUAUCGACUACUUGCGUACCAGAGAGAAGGUCUACAUCAUUGAUGCUUUUGCCGGUUGGGACCCAAGGUACAGAAUCAAGGUCAGAAUCGUCUGUGCAAGAGCAUACCACGCUUUGUUCAUGAAGAACAUGUUGAUCAGACCAACUACCGAAGAAUUGAAAAACUUUGGGGAACCAGACUUCACCAUCUGGAAUGCGGGUCAGUUCCCUGCCAACGUCUACACCAAGGGUAUGACCUCCUCGACAUCGGUGGAAAUCAACUUCAAAUCCAUGGAAAUGGUCAUCUUGGGUACCGAGUACGCUGGUGAAAUGAAGAAGGGUAUCUUCACUGUCAUGUUCUACUUGAUGCCUAUCAAGCACAAGAUCUUGACCUUGCAUUCUUCCGCUAACCAAGGUGUGAAAGAAGGUGACGUGACGUUGUUUUUUGGUCUUUCCGGUACGGGUAAGACGACUUUAUCUGCUGAUCCUCACAGAGAAUUGAUUGGUGAUGAUGAACACUGCUGGUCUGACCACGGUGUUUUCAACAUUGAAGGUGGUUGUUACGCCAAAUGUUUGGACCUUUCUGCCGAAAGAGAACCAGAGAUUUAUAACGCCAUCAGAUUCGGUUCUGUUUUGGAAAAUGUCAUCUACGACCCAGUCACCAGAUCCGUCGAUUACGGUGCUGCUAGUAUCACUGAAAACACAAGAUGUGCAUACCCAAUCGAAUUCAUUCCAUCCGCCAAGAUUCCAUGUCUUGCCGACUCCCAUCCAAAGAACAUCAUUUUGUUAACAUGUGAUGCUAGAGGUGUCUUGCCUCCAGUCUCAAAGCUGACGAAUUCCCAAGUCAUGUACCAUUUCAUCUCUGGUUACACCUCCAAAAUGGCAGGUACUGAAGUCGGUGUCACAGAGCCAGAAGCAACCUUCUCUGCUUGUUUUGGUCAACCUUUCUUGGUGUUACACCCAAUGAAAUACGCCCAACAAUUGUCUGAUAAAAUGGCCGAACAUAACUCCAAUGCUUGGUUAUUGAACACUGGUUGGUGUGGACAAUCAUACGUCAAGGGUGGUAAGAGAUGCCCAUUGAAGUACACUAGAGCUAUCUUGGAUUCUAUCCACUCUGGAGAAUUGGCUCAAUCUGAAUUUGAAACUUAUCCAACUUUCGGAUUACAAAUUCCAAAGUCUUGUCCAGGUGUCCCUUCGGAAAUCUUAAACCCAUCGAAGUUCUGGGCAAGUGGUUCCCAAGAUUUCAACUCAGAAGUUACUAAUUUGGCACAAUUAUUCAUGGAAAACUUUGAAAAGUACUCUGCAGGAUGUACCCAAGAAGUUGUCGCUGCAGGUCCUGCUUUAUAA